CGGAAGGGCAGUCAGAGCUUCAGGUGCGCCGUUGCCGAGAUGCAGGGCUGGCGCGUGAGCCACGAGGACGCACAUGAGAUGCGGUGCUCGAGCUCCUGGGCUGCCUGGUGGGUGCUCGAUGGGCACGGCGGUUCCUUCGCCGCGGUCGACAGCGCCCCCGCGUUCGCCAGCGAGUUCCACGGCGAUCUCGGCGAUAGCUCCACCGCGCUGCCGCCGGACAGCCGCCUGGAGCAGGGGUUCGUCGCUGUCGACGAGCGCCUCCGCGAGAAGGUGGGUGCGGAUCCGGGCCGGGCGUCCGGAUCCACCGUCGUGGGCGCCUUGUGCCUGCGGCAGGGCGACGACUUCACGCUCAAGGUGUGCAACUGCGGCGACUGCCGCUGCAUCGUCGUCAGAGGGCCAUGUGAGGAGGAGGCCACGGCGCAAGCCGCCGCGAUCAGGGUGCCGCGGCACGUCGGCGCCCUGGGCGACGAUCCCGCCGCGGUGCGCAGAGGCGGCGACGGGCCAGAGUGCAGGUGGCCCCUGAUCGCCGAGACCGUAGACCACAAGCCGAGCCUCUCAACGGAGAGGGCGAGGAUCGAAGCAGCCGGCGGCACCGUCUCCGAGGAGGAGCCGCCGAGGGUCGACGGGCUUCUCGCCGUGAGCCGCGCCAUCGGAGAUUUCGAGUUCAAGGCCGACGCUGGGAGGCCUGUUGAGGAGCAGAAGGUCUCCUGCAUCCCGGACGUUUACGAGAUCUCCGGACUUCAGAAAGGCACCAUCAUCGUCCUAGCUUGCGACGGCGUGUGGGACGUCAUAAGCGGAAAUGACCUGGCCACACUGGUACGGGAUAGGUUGUCCGCCGACCCGGAUUUGGACCUCGGCGAUCUUGCCACCGAGGUCAUCAAUUUGUGUUUGACGAGGAACAGUCGCGACAAUAUCACUUGUAUGAUUGCGCAGCUUGUGGAUGGAUCGGACUGGGCUUCGAUAGCGGACGAGAUGAAGGGGUACGAGAAGCUCCUUCCAGAGGUGAAAGACGUCGUCGACGAGGACAUCAGGGCGCAGUAUACGAAAUUCCUCGUCAGGUGCGAGUUCCAGCAGGAUGUGCAAGUCUGCUCGCUGUGCGCAAAGUGGACACUCGGAAUGAGCCAGUGCUCUUGCAAGCAGGUGAAUUACUGCUGCAGGCAGUGCCAGAAAAAGGACUGGAAGAAGCACAAGGCCGUCUGUACAGCGCAGCUGGGGACGACCACCAAGACAGGAGGCACAGAGUGA